UGCUCUCCGUCUGACGUCACUGAAUGUUGACGUGUGUCUUGGAAGAAGUUAGCCAGCCGACUGCUAGCACCAGGCUCCUGAGGCUCGGUUCUCUACUAUAGAAGUUCUGGUUCUUGCACCCACGACCGAGAAGGAUGGCGGCUGACUGGGAGGAAAUCCGCCGGCUCGCCGCGGACUUCCAGCGGGCUCAGUUCGCGGACACGGUGCUGAAGCUCUCGGAGAGGAACUGCAUUGAAAUCAUCACCAAGCUGAUUCAGGACAAAAAGCUCGACGUCGUCCACACGCUGGACGGGAAGGAGUACAUCACCCCCGCGCAGAUCAGCAGGGAGAUUCGGGACGAGCUCUACGUCCACAGAGGACGGAUCAACAUCGUGGACCUCCAGCAGAUCCUCAAUGUGGACUGGGUCCACGUGGAGAGCAGAGCCGCGGAGAUCGUGAAGUCUGACAGAGGAGUGCAGCUGGUGCUGGGACAGCUGAUCGAGGACACAUAUCUGGACCGCCUGGCCGAGGAGGUGAAUGACAAGCUGCAGGAGGCGGGUCUGGUUAGCAUCGCAGAGCUUUGUAAGACCUACGACCUCCCUGGAGAUUUCCUCAGUGAGGAGUUAUCCAAGCGACUUGGAAAGCUCAUCCAAGGAGAAAUCGACCAGCACAACAGAGGUGUCAUUUUCACGCGAGCAUUUGUUGCUCGUCACAAAGCCAGAAUACAGGGACUCUUCAGCGCCAUCACAAGGCCGACGCUGGUCAGCAGCAUGAUUAGUGCCUUCGGGUUUCAGGAGCAUCUUCUGUACUCUGUCCUGGAGGAGCUGGUGAGCACCGGACGUCUGAGGGGAAGUGUGGUCGGAGGCCGGCAGGACAAAGCCGUCUACGUUCCCGACAUUUACUCCAAAACGCAGAACGCUUGGGUCGACUCCUUCCUGCAGCAGAAUGGAUAUUUAGAGUUUGAUGCUUUGGUCCGGCUCGGGAUUCCAGACCCGCCCAGCUACAUCAAGAAGCGCUUCAGAUCCAACAAGCUGCUGUUCCUUCGAGCCGCCUGUGUGGGUCAGGCUCUGGUGGACCAGGUGGAGGCCUCGGUGGAGGAGGCGGUCAACUCUUCCACGUGGACCGACGUCCAGCCCAUCCUGCCCAGCUGCCUCUCUAGUGAGGAUGUUGGCAUGCUCAUCAGCCAGGCCAUGAGGAACACCAACAUCCAGUCUUCUGCCAGAGUUCUGGGAGGGACCGUGGUCAUCAGCGAGAAGUUCAUCACCAACUGCCUCUCUUUGUUUGAUGAGGCCAUGCAGCAGAAAGCUGAAAAGGAGCUCAAGAGCAACCCGGUCUUCUUGAUAACAGAGGAGGAUUUGAAGCAAGCUGCCGCUCUGACAGAGAGCUCUGCGCCGUCCAAGAAGGACAAGAAGGAUGCUGAGCGCAGGAAGAAGGCGGCAGAGAGCAGCACGAAGUCAGGUGGGGGAGGAAACGCGCGGGAGAUCCGCAUCCGUAAAACCAAGAAGAAAGGGAGGAGAGAGGAAGACAGCGAUGAAGAGAACGGACCCUCACAGCCAAAUCGCAGCAAACAGAGCGAAACCCUUUUCAUGACCCAGGAGGAGAUCGUGACUGUUCUAGAGGAGAGACUGAGCGACUGUCCCGAGGAAAUCCUCUCUGAGCUGGCAGAGACUUUAGUCAGGCCUCUGACUAAAGCCUACCAGGAGGUGCUGCGGACCGUUUUCGCGUCCUCCACCAGCUCUUCAGCAGGCACCAACAAGAAGAAGAGCAUGAAGGAUCUGCAGGAGGAGAUCAGCAACCUCCACAACAAUAUUCGGCUGUUUGAAAAAGGCACCAAGUUCUUCUCUGAUGAAACUCAGGUGCACAUCAUCAAACAUGUCCUGAAGACCCUGUGCUCUGAUGUCACCAACAUCCUGGUGAACUUCCUGGCUGCAGACCUGAUGAUGUCUGUGGAGAAUCCCAGCACCAUCACCAGUGAGGUCAGAGUGAAGAUUUUGGGGAAGCUGUCUGAGGAGACCAGAGGACCUCUGAUGAAGCUGCACAACACUCUGAAUGGCAAAAGUGUUGAAGAUUUCCUGACCAACCUGGAGGCUGCUGCUGAAGUGUGUGGAUUUAUGCUUAAAAAGGGGGACAAAAAGAGGGAGAGACAGGCGCUGUUCCUGCACCGUCAGGCCCUCACUGAGCAGCUGAAGGAGGCGGAUGAGCCGGCGUUGGUGCUUCACCUGACCAGUGUGCUGCUGUUCCAGGCCAGCACCCACUGCAUGCUGCACGCCCCAGGGCGCUGUGUGCCGCACAUCAUCGGCACGCUCACCGGCCGGAUACCUGCGGAGACGCAGCAGCUGCUGUCCUCCUACCAGAGUCUGGUGGUGAAGCAGCUGGUGAGUCAGAGUCCAGGCGUGGAGCAACAGGAGGAAGAGGAGGGUCACGGCGUGCGCUCACAGCUGGCCGCCAUGACACCCCGUGUGAAGGAGCUGGUCCUGUCGCAGAAGAAGCCGUCGCUCUCUGAGGACUAAACGGUUUCAAUGUGGGAGAGAUGAUUGGGUCUGCAAACAUUUUGGACAAAAAUGAGAAAUGAUUGAAGGGAGGAAUGUCCCUGAAAACAUUCAAGUCCUCAGUGAGGCUCGGGUUUUCAUAAUUUAAAUAAAAAAUCCUCUGCUCAGUG